UGGAGGCACUACAUUUUGACCUGCCAAAGCGACGAAUUGUGAAAUUUUAUAACUUACACAGUUUGGACAGGCUUGUCUCACAUACUCACAUAACAUGGGGUACGUUAAGCGGGUUUGUGUAACGUUUGUGUUUAGUUUGGUUGCGUUAGGUAUUGAUAAUGUAUCUGGGACGCUUGUUUCCACAGAAAGUGGAGCUAUGGAAGGCGUUGCUGUUCCGUCACAGAAUGGAGACGUUUAUCAAUUCAGAAAGAUACCUUACGCCAAACCACCUAUCGGUCUCUUCCGGUUUAGCAAACCCAUGAAGAUACCUCCGUGGAAUAACACGCUUAACGCUACGAAGUACGGACCAGCAUGCAUUCAAACAAUGGAACCGGGUUCUAAUGUCUUUCCUGUGUCGGAGGACUGCCUCUUUCUGAAUGUUUUUGUUCCAAAUGAGAUUUCGACGACAGCAAAUAAAUCGGUGAUGGUUUGGAUUCAUGGGGGGGGUUUCAGAUUUGGUACAGGGAUGUCGUACGACGGAUCAUUCCUAUCACUCCAAGGUGACGUCAUCGUGGUGACACUGAACUACAGACUAGGUGUGUUUGGAUUCUUCAGUACAGGAGAUUCAAGCGCGAGAGGCAACUACGGACUCUGGGAUCAGAUCGAAGCUCUGAAAUGGAUUAAAACCAAUAUCAAGUACUUUGGUGGAAAUCCAGAUUCAAUCACAUUGUUUGGUGAAUCAGCUGGUGCUCUCAGUAUUUCCCAUUUAGCCAUAUUCCCAGAAAACGAAGGACUUUUUCAUCGAGUUAUUAUGCAGAGUGGUUCAUUGAGUUCGAAUAGACCUAUACCAAAUGAUUCUGUGAAACUCGCACGAGCGUUGGGAGGCCAGUUGCAAUGUAGUGAUAUUCAAAAUACCGAAUCGCUUGUCUCCUGUUUGCGUGGAAAAGAGGCGUCCGUUUUGAAUAGCGUCUCAAUUUCACAGUCUUUUCCGUUAAUGGGGAAAUAUUUUGGAUAUGCAAUGUCAUAUGCCCCGGUCAUCGACGGAGAAAUGAUAACAAGCCAUCCUUUCUCUCUUCUUCAAAAUCGAUCUUCCGAACAGUUCAAAUUUUACCAGUCGCUUGACGUCAUUUCUGGUUGCACCUCAGCCGAAGGAUCUUUAUUUCUGGUCUUCUUUCCAUUGUUUCCGAGUCUGUCCUUGCCGCCUGUUAAUGUAUCCGAAGGAGUUCCAAGCUGGGUUCUCAAACUCUUGGCUGAGGCGGCGACCGAAGUUUAUUUCAACAAUGACACUAGAAUUCUACCACAUAUCUAUAACAAGUACAUCUCGACAGAUAUAGAAGAACAAGGGCGACUUCUUGUGAAUUUUUUUAGUGACACGAGAUUUAAUGUGCCCAUGUUGGAAUCACUGUUAGUUCAUGACAGAGGCGGAAAUUCCAAAGCAAAUACAUUUCAAUAUUUCUUCUCAAAGUACUCCCCAGGUGUUCUGCCAAAAUGGUUUGUUGGAGCAAGGCAUACCGCUGAACUUCCAUACCUUUUUAAUUCUGGGUAUGAAUUGUACGGUCCUGACAACGUUCUUUCAACACAAAUGGCGUCAUACUGGACAAAUUUUGCAAAACAUGG